CCUGUCCUGUUCAGCGACUUCUGCUCCAAGGUGAAGAACACAAUCUACUGCAAUGUUGAGCCUUCUGACUCCAACAUGCUAUGGGAACCAGAGUUCAUGAUUGACACUAUUGAAAAUCCAUCUGCGCAUAACUUUACGUACACCAACCUGGGCAAGAGCCUCAAUGAAAACCCAGCCAACCGCUACAGUUUUGUCUGUAAUGCACUUAUGCAUGUGUGUGUGGGACACCAUGAUCCAGACAGGGUGAACGACAUUGCUAUCCUGUGUGCUGAGCUAACUGGCUACUGCAAGUCUCUAAGUGCCGAGUGGCUGGGUGUGCUCAAAGCUUUGUGCUGUUCCUCCAAUAAUGGGACCUGUGGCUUCAAUGAUCUCCUCUGCAAUGUUGAUGUCAGUGACUUAUCUUUCCAUGAUUCCUUGGCCACCUUUGUUGCCAUUCUCAUUGCCCGGCAGUGCUUGCUGCUGGAGGACCUUAUUCGCUGUGCUGCCAUCCCCUCACUCCUUAAUGCUGCCUGCAGUGAACAGGACUCAGAACCAGGAGCACGUCUGACCUGCCGGAUUUUACUCCAUCUGUUUAAGACUCCGCAGCUGAACCCAUGCCAGCAAGAUGGCAACAAACCCACGGUGGGAAUCCGGUCUUCCUGUGACCGUCACUUACUGGCAGCUUCCCAGAACCGUAUUGUGGAUGGAGCGGUCUUUGCAGUGCUGAAGGCUGUCUUUGUUCUGGGAGAUGCAGAACUGAAAGGCUCUGGCUUUUCCCACCCUGGAGGUGUCGAUGAUCUCAUGGAUGAUGAGCUGGGCACCAGGAAGGCUGGAGGUCGGGUAGUAACUGUAGAAACAGCUAGCUUGGAUAUUUAUGCCAAGUAUGUACUGAGGAGUAUAUGUCAACAGGAGUGGGUAGGUGAGCGAUGUCUGAAGUCUCUCUGUGAAGACAGCAAUGACUUGCAGGAUCCUGUCCUGAGCAGCACACAGGCCCAGAGGCUGAUGCAGCUGAUUUGUUAUCCACACCGGUUGCUGGACAACGAGGAAGGAGAAAAUCCUCAGCGGCAGAGGAUUAAACGCAUCUUACAGAAUCUAGACCAGUGGACCAUGAGGCAAUCCUCGCUGGAGCUGCAGCUCAUGAUUAAGCAGACAGCAAACAAUGAGAUGAACUCCUUGUUAGAAAAUAUAGCCAAGGCCACCAUUGAGGUAUUCCAGCAGUCAGCAGAGACCAGCUCUGCUAGCUCUGCUGGCAAUGGAAUCAACAGUAUCAGUAGCUCAGCAAGUGCUACACCUGCCAGCAACAAAUCCAAACCCAUCCUCAGCUCCCUGGAGAGAUCAGGAGUGUGGCUGGUGGCCCCUCUGAUUGCCAAGCUUCCAACGUCCGUGCAGGGCCAUGUGCUGAAAGCUGCUGGAGAAGAACUGGAGAAAGGACAACAUCUGGGGUCAUCGUCUCGCAAAGAGCGGGACCGCCAGAAGCAGAAGAGCAUGUCUCUCCUGAGCCAGCAGCCAUUUCUGUCACUGGUGCUAACAUGCCUGAAAGGACAGGAUGAGCAGCGAGAAGGCCUCCUCACCUCUCUGUACAGUCAGGUCCAGCAGAUUGUUACAAAUUGGCGAGAAGAUCAGUACCAAGAUGACUGCAAAGCCAAGCAGCUGAUGCAUGAGGCCCUGAAACUACGGCUGAAUUUGGUGGGGGGAAUGUUUGACACAGUUCAACGCAGUACACAGCAGACGACUGAAUGGGCUGUGCUUCUUCUGGACAUCAUUAGCAGUGGCACUGUGGACAUGCAGUCAAACAACGAGCUCUUCACCACCGUGUUGGAUAUGCUGAGUGUUCUCAUCAACGGCACCCUGGCUGCUGAUAUGUCCAGCAUUUCUCAGGGCAGCAUGGAGGAGAACAAGCGGGCAUACAUGAAUCUUGUGAAGAAACUCAGGAAAGAGCUGGGGGACCGGCAAUCUGACAGCCUGGAGAAGGUGCGACAGCUACUGCCGCUUCCCAAGCAGACCCGAGAUGUCAUCACCUGUGAACCUCAGGGAUCCCUCAUUGACACCAAAGGCAAUAAAAUAGCUGGAUUUGACUCCAUCUUCAAGAAGGAGGGCUUGCAAGUUUCUACAAAGCAGAAGAUUUCCCCUUGGGAUCUGUUUGAAGGCUUAAAGCACUCGGCCCCCCUCUCCUGGGGAUGGUUUGGGACGGUCCGUGUGGAUCGCAAGGUGUCUAGAUUUGAGGAGCAGCAGAGGCUUCUUCUGUACCACACACACUUGAAACCCAAGCCCCGCAGUUACUACCUGGAGCCGUUGCCCCUGCCUCCUGAAGAGGAAGAGCCUCCUACACCUGUGGCUUUAGAGCCAGAGAAGAAAGCUGCAGAACCAGCCAAGGCUGAUAAAACAAACUCCAAUCCUCCCACUUCCACUGAAGAACGCAAGAAGAAACAGAGCAAAACCAAGAAACGCAACCAAUCUGCCAGCAAAACUGAGGAUUUUGUGUUGGGCCCUAGCCGAGGGGUUACAUAUGGAGUUGGUAUGCCUACAGAUCUCUUGCAUCACCAGUCAGGAAGCACUAUGUCGAGGCUGGCAUAUGGACAAUCACCAGUGAGUCUCUAUGCCCAGAAUCAACCUCUUCCAGCAGGAGGCCCUCGCCUGGAUACAUCCUACAGGCCUGUACGCGUGCCACUGGGUAAACUUGUGCAGAGUCGUCCUCCAUAUAGUGGUGUGCUGCCUCCAGGGAUGGGGAGCAUGAUGGGCAUUGACCCCUCAUACAAGCCAGCAGUGUACCGACAGCAGCCUCCAGUGUCCCAAGGACAGAUACUGAGGCAGCAGCUUCAAGCAAAGUUGCAGGGCCAAGGCAUAAUGGGACAGCAGCCUGUGCGCCAGAUGGCUCCAACCCCAUCCUAUGGAGCACUGCAGCCCUCCCAGGGUUACACACCUUACGUGUCUCACAUAGGCCUUCAGCAGCACCCUUCUCAGUCAGGCACGAUGGUACCUCCUACCUAUUCCAGCCAGCCCUAUCAGAAUUCCCACCCCAGCUCUAAUCCUGCCCUGGUGGAUCCUGUUAGACAGAUGCAGCAGAGACCAAGUGGCUAUGUACACCAGCAGGCCCCUGGCUAUGGGCACACCUUGGGCAACACACAGAGGUUUCCUCACCAGUCAAUACAGCAGGCCCCCAUGAUGAGUGGGAUGAACCAUUUGGGUCCACAAGGAGUCCCCUCAGGAAUUCGACCCGGCCAAAUACUACCUGACCAGCAGCAGCAGCAGCAGUACCUGAGGCAGCAGCAGCAACAGCAGCAGCAGAUGCUGAGACAGCAGCAACAGCAGCAGCAGCAACAGCAGCAGCAACAGCAGCAACAACAGCAACAGCAGCCGCAGCCACCACAGCCGCAGCAGCAACCCCAGGUCUCCACAGUGCCUCAGCCACAGGCGCAGGGCCAGCCCCCAGGACUGGGGAUGCAGGCUCUUCCCCCCCAGCAGCCCAUUUUCCAGCGCCAGGGCCUUCAGCAGACACAGCAGCAGCAGCAAACAGCUGCUCUGGUUCGACAGCUUCAACAGCAGCUUUCCA